AUGCGCUGCCUCCUGCUCCGUGGGUGCACCCACGCUUCCCCACACCAUCGCGCACGCCUUCCCCCACAUUCACACACGCUCAUCGCCCACGCUUCUUCCGACCGUCACACCCGCUUCAGCCCACCGUCACCGACGCUUCCUCUUACCGUCGCCCACGCUUCCUCUUACCGUCGCCCACGCUUCCUCUUACCGCCGCCCACGCUUCCUCCCACCGUCGCCCACGCUUCCUCCCCGUCGCCCACGCUUCCCCCCACCGUCGCCAACGCUUUUCCCCACCGUCGCCAACGCUUUUCCCCACCGUCGCCAACGCUUAACCCCACCGUCGCCCACGCUUCCCCCCACCGUCGCCCACGCUUCCCCUGCCAUCGCCCUCCCUGUCGCCCGGGAAUCCCCCCUCCCGCCGGCCUCCCUCCCCUCCCGCGAAAAAUCCCCCCGUCCUCUCAUUACCCCGGCCUCUCAUCCCCCUGUCCCCUGUCCUCUCGUCCCCCUGUCCUCUCGUCCCCCCGUCCUCUCAGCCCCCCGUCCUCUCAUCCCCCCGUCCUCUCAUCCCCCCAUCACGCUCGUCCCCUCGCAAACCCCGUCUCCCUAUCUCCCUGUCGCCCUCGUUCUUUCCCCGUAUCCCCAGCCCUGCUUCCCCCAUCCCCUUCCCUGCUUCCCCCCAUCCCCUUCCCUGCUUCCCCCCAUCCCCUUCCCUGCUUCCCCCCAUCCCCUUCCCUGCUUCCCCCCAUCCCCUUCCCUGCUUCCCCCCAUCCCCUUCCCUGCUUCCCCCCAUCCCCUUCCCUGCUUCUCCCCAUUCCCUUCCCUGCUUCCCUCCAUCCCCCCCCUCCCUGCUUCCCCCCAUCCCCCUCCCUGUUUCCCCCCAUCCCCUUCCCUGCUUCCCCCCAUCCCCUUCCCUGCUUCUCCCCAUUCCCUUCCCUGCUUCCCCCCAUCCCCUUCCCUGCUUCUCCCCAUUCCCUUCCCUGCUUCCCCCCAUCCCCUUCCCUGCUUCCCCCCAUCCCCUUCCCUGCUUCCCCCCAUCCCCUUCCCUGCUUCCCCCCAUCCCCUUCCCUGCUUCUCCCCAUUCCCUUCCCUGCUUCCCCCCAUCCCCUUCCCUGCUUCCCCCCAUCCCCUUCCCUGCUUCCCCCCAUCCCCUUCCCUGCUUCCCCCCAUCCCCUUCCCUGCUUCCCCCCAUCCCCUUCCCUGCUUCCCCCCAUCCCCUUCCCUGCUUCUCCCCACCUUCCCUGCUUCCCCCCAUCCCCUUCCCUGCUUCCCCCCAUCCCCUUCCCUGCUUCCCCCCAUCCCCUUCCCUGCUUCCCCCCAUCCCCUUCCCUGCUUCCCCCCAUCCCCUUCCCUGCUUCCCCCCAUCCCCUUCCCUGCUUCCCCCCAUCCCCUUCCCUGCUGCUCCCCAUCCCCCUCCCUCCUUCCCCCCACCCUCUGCCCUGUUCCUAA